AGGAUGGCCACCAGGAAUGUGGCAAUAGGAAUGAUCUUCUUGUCACAGACUGCAUUUGGAAUCCUGGGAAAUUUCUCUCUUUUUUAUCAUUAUCUCUUCCUUUAUUUCACUGGGCACAGGUUAAGGACCACAGACUUGAUCGUGGCAAACCUGCUUGUAGCAAACUCUUUUGUCAUUUUGUCUAGAGGAAUCCCCCAUGCAAUGGUAUCUUUUGGAUGGCAACAUGUCUUUAAUGAUCAUGAAUGCAAGUUCAUUUCCUACGUGCACAGACUGGGCAGAGGUGUGUCCAUUGGCAGCACCUGCCUCUUGAGUGUCUUUUGGGCCAUGGUUAUCAGUCCCAGGAACUCCAGGUUUGCAGAGCUCAAAGUGAAAGUUCCCAAGUUUAUUGGCCCCUCUAUUUUCCUGUGCUGGAUCCUGCAAAUGCUAAUAAAUGCCAUUUUUCCUAUAUACAUGACUGGGAAAUUGAGCAACAAAAACAUCACAAACACAAAAUAUUUUCAAUACUGUUCUUCUGUUCGUCAUGAUAAAACCACAGAGUCACUGCAUGCAGUGUGGCUGUCAUUCCUUGAUGUUUUCUGUUUGGGGCUCAUGCUCUGGGCCAGCAGCUCCAUGGUUUUGGUCCUGCACAGGCAUAAGCAGCGGGUGCAACACAUUCACAGGAACAACGUCUCUCCCAGGUCCUCCCCCGAGUCCAGAGCUACCAAGACCGUCCUUCUCCUGGUGAGCACCUUUGUCUUCUUUUACAGCCUCGCCUGCAUCUUUCAAGUUUGUCUGGCUCUUAUUAAUAAACCCAGCUGGUUCCUGAUGAAUAGCACCUCAAUAGUCGAUGGAUGUUUCCCAGCUGUCAGCCCCUUUCUGCUCCUGAGCCAUGACUCCAGUAAUUUUAGGCUCUGCUUUGCCUGGAUAAGCAAUAGAAAAUCCCCUAAUGAUUGA